ACUCGAAAGAUUACAAAAACUAAAAAAAAUAAAAAUCAUGCAUUUUGCAAUUGUUUUGGCAGUUAUUCUGCCUCUAUCGUUCAUCCUUUGGGUGAUCAGUGUAUGUGUUCACAGUCUAAGUAGUAGAGGAAGUAUGGAUGUGUGGUCACCUAUAUCCCCUUGGCGCUGGUUAUUUGCAAUCCUACUGCCAAUCCUGAUUACAAGAAGUGCAUUUCAGAAGCGAAGUUUGAAUCGGUCUGGUGCAAUUAUAGGUUUGUUUGUGGGAUUUGUUAUGACACUUACCAACUACUGCUUUUUUGCUGCAUUAUUGGCAUUUUUUCUCUCCGGUUCCAAAGCUACAAAAUUCAGGCAAGACAAGAAGAAAAAAUUGGAAGCAGAUUUUAAAGAAGGUGGUCAGCGUAACUGGGUGCAAGUUUUAUGCAAUGGUGGGAUAGCAACAGAGAUUGCAAUUAUACACCUAAUAGAGCAUGGUACUGGAGAAUUUCCCAUAAACUUCUCAAGGCUCUAUCUCUCCUCUUGGCAAGCGAUGGCUGUCCUUGGCGCUCUAGCGUGUAGCUGUGGAGAUACCUGGGCCUCUGAAAUAGGCAAUGUCGUAGACUUUGGCCAACCUCGUCUCAUAACCUCAUUCUCUACUGUUCCUAAAGGUACUAAUGGUGGUGUGACACUAGUUGGCACACUAGCCAGUGCAUUAGGUGGAGCGACAGUGGGAUUAGCCUACUACAUGGCCCUAGUAUUGAUGCUCAGUGAAAGCCAGCUAUACAACUGUCCACCCCAGUGGCCAAUAGUGCUAGUGGGAGCAGCAGCUGGUCUAAUUGGGUCUGCCAUCGACUCAAUAUUAGGUGCUAUGUUCCAGUAUUCAGGGUACUGUAAAACCAAGCAGUGUAUUGUAGAAUAUCCAGGAGAUGAUGUAGAAUAUAUCAGUGGAUCUCCAAUAUUUGACAAUCAUAGCAUAAACCUAUUGUCAGGGCUUAUAACAGCCAAGGCCAAGGCCAACCAUGACACAUUCAAUCUCAGGUGA